AUGUCCUACCGCCCCGACGAAUCCAAUGAGCAGUUCUAUGCUGAGGGCGCAUGGCUGCAGGGCGCCAUCAUCACUGGUGUCCUGUACGGCAUGGUGAUCGUCCUGUCUGCCAUGUGCUGGCGCUCCCUCUGGCCGCACACUCGAUCGAAUGCCACUGGCUACAAGCGACACAGAUUUUUCUUAUGCUAUGUUACUUUCCUCUUUUUGGUUGGUACGAUAUAUGUUGCGUUCAACGCGCAGAUAACGCAGAUGGGCUUCAUCGACAAUCGUUUAUAUCCCGGAGGUCCUGGUGCAUACGAGGAGGCAACCUCGUCAGCUCCACUUAACACUGCUUUCGUGGUUUCAGAUUGGUGUGCAGACAUAUUGAUGAUCUGGAGGUGUACGGCAGUAUACAGAGAUACCAAAAUACAUCGCCUUAUAAUUGGACUCGGAAGCAUUCUGUUCCUCGGAGUUCUUGUCUGUGGAACUCUCUGGCUUGCCAUUGUGUCAACACCAGCACAAGCCACAAGUGGCUGGAUGUCCUUCAGCUUGCUUUUUCCAUACCUCUGCUUUUCCCUCGCCAUUAACAUCUUCAUCAGCCUCCUCACCGUUAUCCGCCUGCUAUACCACCGCCACCGAAUAUCCAAAGUCCUUGGCUCAGGCCACGGUACGAUCUACGCCAGUUUCGCAACCGUGAUUAUCGAAUCCGCCUCCAUCUACUCAGUAUGCUCGCUCCUUUACCUCAUCCCAUACGCCCUCAACAGCCCGAUCUCAUAUGCUUUCAUGCAAUUAUUAGGCGAGGCGCAGGUCAUCGCGCCACUCCUGAUAAUCCACCGCGUCUCAGAGGGCAAGGCCUGGACAACACACUCCGCCACCCUUAUGGACAACAACUCCUUCCAGCUGCGGCGGCUGUCGGCAUUCCCCAAGCCCGAGCCCGCGUCCGCUCCACCGAAUCGGUUGAACGUUGAGAUUUCCUUUCACGAAGAAAUCACUCGCGACGAAUCCAUAAACACCCCGAAGUCACCAUACUUAAACUCCGCCGAUACGGCUGAUGCCUUCGGCAGAGCGGUAUGA